GAGCCGGGGGCGGCCGAGUGGCCGCGGUCCUUUGUGCUGUCUGAGCGGCGCGGGGGGUGGGGGGCCGGAUGCGCAGGGUCCGGCCGGUCCUUCGUGGCUCUCGCCCCGCAUCUCCGCGGCCGGAGCAGACCUCCUCCCGCCCCGCCUCGGGGCUCUGCCGGUCUCGGGUGUGGGGCGAGCGGAACCGGCCGCUCCGUGAGCCUCCCCGCUGGGCCGGACCCUUCCGGAAGACCGGACCCCUCCCGCUGCUGCUUGCGGAGCUUCCCGCCGACCGACGUCCCGAGGACCCGCUUUCUUCCUCCUCCUCCUUCCUCCUCCCGCCGCUGCUGCGCCGAGAGGCGUUGCCCGGCCUGCAGCCUUUGAGGAGAAGGAUCUUUGUGAGAAGACCCAGGACGAGUUUGUGCUGGAGGGAAUGACGAGGGAGAGAAGAAUCCUUCCUGUCGUCCAUCGGAGGCUUCCUAAAGACAGAAAAAUGGAGGAAUCUGUAAACCAAAUGCAGCCACUGAAUGAGAAGCAGAUACCUAAUUCCGAAGGCGGAUAUGUGUGGCAAGUCACUGAUAUGAAUCGGCUACACCGGUUCUUGUGUUUUGGUUCUGAAGGUGGGACUUACUAUAUCAAAGAACAGAAGCUAGGCCUUGAGAAUGCCGAAGCUUUAAUCAGAUUGAUUGAAGAUGGCAGAGGAUGUGAAGUGAUACAGGAAAUAAAGUCCUUCAGUCAAGAAGGCAGAACCGCAAAGCAGGAACCCACACUCUUUGCCCUGGCCAUUUGCUCCCAGUGUUCCGACAUAAGCACCAAACAAGCCGCCUUCAAAGCUGUUCCUGAAGUUUGUCGCAUCCCUACACACCUCUUUACUUUUAUCCAGUUUAAGAAAGAUCUGAAGGAAAGCAUGAAGUGUGGCAUGUGGGGUCGUGCCCUCCGGAAGGCUGUAGCAGACUGGUAUAAUGAAAAGGGUGGCAUGGCCCUCGCCCUGGCAGUUACAAAAUACAAACAAAGAAACGGCUGGUCUCACAAAGAUCUGUUAAGAUUGUCACAUCUAAAACCUUCCAGUGAAGGACUUGCUAUUGUCACCAAAUAUAUUACAAAGGGCUGGAAAGAGGUCCAUGAAAUGUAUAAAGAAAAAGCGCUUUCUGUGGAGGCUGAAAAAUUAUUAAAGUAUCUCGAGGCUGUAGAGAAAGUGAAGCGCACGAAAGAUGAACUGGAAGUCAUUCAUCUGAUAGAAGAGCACAGGCUGGUUAGGGAGCACCUCCUAACAAAUCACUUAAAGUCGAGAGAGGUAUGGAAGGCUUUGUUACAAGAAAUGCCUCUCACAGCAUUACUAAGGAAUCUGGGAAAGAUGACAGCUAAUUCAGUGCUUGAACCCGGAAACUCAGAAGUGUCUUUAGUAUGUGAAAAGCUGUGUAAUGAAAAACUGUUAAAAAAGGCUCGUAUACAUCCAUUUCAUGUUUUAAUUGCGUUAGAAACUUAUAAGACAGGUCAUGGGCUCAGAGGAAAACUGAAGUGGCGCCCUGAUGAAGAAAUUCUGCAAGCUUUGGAUGCUGCUUUUUAUAAAACGUUUAAGACAGUUGAGCCAACUGGAAAGCGUUUCUUACUGGCAAUUGAUGUCAGUGGUUCUAUGAACCAAAGAGUUUUGGGUAGUGUACUCAAUGCAAGCACAGUAGCUGCAGCGAUGUGCAUGGUUGUCACACGAACAGAGAAAGAUUCUUCUAUAGUUGCUUUUUCAGAUGAAAUGGUACCAUGUCCAGUGACUACAGAUAUGACCUUACAACAAGUUUUACUGGCUAUGAGUCAGAUCCCAGCAGGUGGAACUGAUUGCUCUCUUCCAAUGAUCUGGGCUCAAAAGACAAAUACAGCUGCCGAUGUCUUCAUUGUAUUCACUGAUAACGAGACCUUUGCUGGAAGUGUCCAUCCUGCUGUCGCUCUGAGGGAAUAUCGAAAGAAUAUGGAUAUUCCAGCUAAAUUGAUUGUUUGUGGAAUGACAUCAAGUGGCUUUACCAUUGCAGACCCAGAUGAUAGAGGCAUGCUGGACAUGUGUGGCUUUGAUACUGGAGCUCUGGAUGUGAUUCGAAGUUUCACAUUAGAUAUGAUUUAACCAUAAGCACCAGCACAAUCUAAGAGGUCCACUGCCAUCAGUGAUCUCGCUAAAAACAAACAGCUACUUCCCAGCUAAUCUUAAUCCACUGAAAGAAGUCAGACAAUGGUACAGUAUGUGCACAAUGGAAAGGUUACCUUACCAAAAAAAAAGAAGGAACAAUAAGAUGAGCCCAAAGUUCUUUCUACUAAACUAGCUUUUGGGAAAUAGCUUCAGAAUACACUGUAGCCCCCUCUACCUAACAGAGAACUUCUUGUUGAGAUACUGUAAAAUAGUCAAACAGUUCUGCUUUGCUGAAUGAUCACAUUUGUACUUAAAAGAAGUGAGAGCCAAAAGUGUAAGUAGUCCUAUAUCAUGUCAUUUGUUUGAGAAAUGCCUUUAAGUUUUCUUAAAUGUUUUCAUUGGUAAAGGACAGCUUUGAUAAUGUCCAAAUACUCUGAAAUGCACUGGACCAUGUACUGUGAUUAUGAAACUCCUUGUAAAUUUUUAUACCAAGGGGAUAAAACAACCACCAAGACAUUUGCUUAUGAAUGAGUUUUACAAAUUGCUUUAACAGUUUUCACCGAUCUCAUAAAUAGCAGCAUUCUCAGUCAGUGAAAAAGAUACUCUGUUUCUGAGGGUUAAUUUACAUUUACAGGAUUGUUUACCAUUAACCAGAAACAUAAUGGAAACCUUUGAGAAGAGAUACUAAAGUUUGUUUGUGUCAGCUGAGGAAGUCUAUUUUGGUUUGUUUUUGUUUGUUUAUUGCUGUGAGGGGCACGAUUUGUUGGUUUCCUAUGGCUUAUACCAACAUAGCCACAUGUAGGGACACAUUUUUUCAUAUUCACAAAUGAAAACAUAAGAUGUUUCAAGCAUUUAACUUCCCCUACUCAUAAUCUGAAAAAUAUGACAGAUAAAAUCUCAGCUAUAACCAUAAUCUGGUUAUACCUUACUUUAAAAUAUUUUACCUUACUUUAAAAUUUUGUUUUAAUUACUUUUAAUUACUUUUUUUAUCCAAUUAUAAAUGAGUUUUAGAUAUUUCUAAUUGUAAACAUGUUGGCAUCCUCCUCUCUGUCUACUAUUCAUUUGUGGCAAAAUAUUCUUUUUUGAUAGUGUGAAAAAAAAAAGCAAGCUAGGUCUUUCAGGUUUGAAAGGCAAUUUUUGAGUGGCGUAUUACCACUAACCAGUCUAUAGGAAAUUAAAUUUUUCUUAUUUGUGUAUAUUAAACUUCCUAUUCAUUAUAAAGUGCAUUAUUUCCUUGAGCAAAUACCCCUUCUGUGUGGGGAGCUUUAAGCUGUUGAAAUGCCAAUAUAUUUGCUCAUAAUUAUAUCAUGGUUGCUUAAGAUAAUGUGGACAUAAAACUUUAGUUUUUAUGUAUUGUUCUUUAAAUGUAUUUAAAGAUUUACUGGGAUUUUUAAAGCCUUCUCACUAUGAAAAGUCAAACAAUAAGUGUAAAUCACAUACUUGUGUGCUUGGGGGUUAGAGAUUUUAUGUUAGGGGCAGAAGGAUUAAGUAAUGUUAGAAUUUGUAUAUUUUCUUCUGUUUCAUGAGAAAUUUGGGCUCUGGGAGUGACAAGAAAAUGUCCCUUUCAAACUUAUUUGACAUAUUUAUACUGGGUUUAUCUGCUAUGUAGCCAUUCCUUCAAGGCAACUGGUAGCAAUUUGUAAAUAUUGUGAUUUACCUGAGAUUUUGGUCAACAAAGCUAGUGGCAUCACUACCCAACACCCGCAAAAUACAUCGCUUCUGGUAUCUUUGGUUUUUUUACCUUCUGUCAGGCGUUAGAUUUGAAAUGAUAGCUACUUUGAUACAUUAAAAUAUUAUGCUCAGAUUGAAUUUAAAGCUUAAAGAACCUAAUAGAAUCAUGUAAUCAUACUUGAAUUCAUUACAUAAACCCAAGGUCUUCUUAAAAAUUAUAACAUGAUCUAACUUCUUAUUCCUAAUAGAAAUGUUAAGUGGAAUAUAAUAUAAACGCUUAUUUCCUCGGUUAAAUACUGUUUCUAUAUUGUUUUUAGGCAGAAUAUUCAGGAACUAAUAUUAACAAAUCCAUCAGAGAAGUAAGAUUAGCUGUGGCCUUUUUGAAGUCACAUAGAAAAGUCUAUUAAAUGUUAAGAUUUGAGAAAGAAAACUAAAGACCACCACACAAGGUAGCUUUAUUUCAAAUAUGGAGCUUUAGAGCUGGAAAUAACCUUAGAAAUGUAAAAGGUAGUUUUUUUGACUUAGGCUAGGAACCCGAGGUCCGAGAGAGUGUGACACUGGAGCCCUAUAUCUAGAAAUGGCCUCCUCAUUCUCAUUCCAGUGUUCACUGGAAAUUCCACUUAGGAACACUGUCUUGUAUUGUUUAGUUUAGUGAUCAUCUUAUGGGAAUAUUGGUGAGGAAAAUGCUCAGUGAACGGGAUGUACCGUCAUCUCCCUGGAGCCUCUUUCACUCUAACUUACUGUGUGACUGGAGACAACUAGUUUAACCUGUGUGAUUCAAUUUUGCUAUCCUUAAAAAGUACCAUUUUGUGGGAAGACAUUUACUUACAAGAGUAAGGGAUAAAAUAGAAUUAUUCAAGACUUUUAUCUUUUUAGGUAUUAGGAAGUAAUUAAUGUAUAUACAUGAUUGCUUUAGGAGUAGAAAAACAGAGAAGUUGUGAACAUGUAUACUUUUGUAGUUCAUAGUGACCCUCAAGCACAAUUAAUAUCUUAAUAACCUGUUGCUAUAUAACAUAGUCAUAUAGAAAAAAUAAAAACUUUUACCUCAUUAUGAAUAAAAUAUUCUCAAGUAAUAAAGAAGUUUUAUUUUCUGAAUUACUUUUAGCAUUACUGCUGAUUAGGAAAAUGUUGCUUUUAAAAAAACAACCCUAAGAAAAAUAAACUUUAUGUCCCAGAAAAUACAUAAGUAUUUUCAGGAUAUAGUUUUAAUUAGUAAAAACAAAAACUAAUCUUAUAAUCCUACCCUUUCCUUGUUAAUUGAAAUUUCUAGGAAAUUCCACUUAGGAACACUGUCUUGUAUUGUUUAGUUUAGUGAUCAUCUUAUGGGAAUAUUGGUGAGGAAAAUGCUCAGUGAAUGGGAUGUACCGCCAUCUCUCUGGAGCCUCUUUCACUCUAACUUAACUGUGUGACUGGAGACAACCAGUUUAACCUGUGUGAUUCAAUUUUGCUCUCCUUAAAAAGUACCAUAUCUAAUCCUUGGAUCAUAGAAGAAUCAAUGAAUUUAUAUCUGUAUUAAAGUCAAAAUUGGGAAGAGGGCUUGCAAUACAAAUUAGAACUUCUCUUUUACGUGUUGAAAGAUAAAGUGUUUUAGAAAAACAGCUCAUUAAGCUGAGUAAUUUUUUUAAACACUUCCUGUUCUGAAUGGGAAAUGUCAUCAUUCUCUGAUAAGAGAAAGUAGUAAUAUAUUCCAAGUCUAAGAUCCCAUUAAAAAACAAACUCAUAUUCUAAAUAAGAAGAUGGUCUUAGAAACAUUUGCAUAACCUUUUAAAUAAUAGGUGAAUCUAUAAAUGAUAGAAUAUCAGUUAAUUAGGCUUUUUUUCUGCAAAGCAAUUUAAAGUUAUUUGGGAAAUUUAAAGUUAUGUGAGGAUCUGACAGUUACUUGAGAAACGUCUUUAGAAGCACAAUAAAGCUACAUCUAAACGAUAAAGGAAAAUAAUUGUGAUCACUUAUUGGACUUAUUUUAAUUUGACUUAAAGGUACCCACACAUUUCUCAAUAAGGCCCUUACAGUAAGUAAUCAAAAAUGAAAACUUCUAGUCUUGUCUACCACAGACAUGGGUGAUUUGUUAAGGCGAUAAACCCCUUUAGAGAAAUGUCAGAUAACUGCAAUGGAAACAUGCACAAGGGAGAAUUAGGAAAAAAAGGUAAGUUGAACUAGUUAGGUGUACUUACUGUAUGCAAUUUAAUCUAGUAUAUCCCAUAUACCUGCUCCCUAGUCCCUUAUUUGUUGAAAGAUUACUUCUAUACCUUUUUUCCUUUUUUCUCCCUUUUAAAAUUCCUUUCUUCUGACAUUUUGGUCUUUUGUUUUUCUACUCCUGCCCUACCUGAGUAAUAACGUGAAUGACAAGAAAGUCACCUGUAUUCGGUUUGGGAUACAUCUUUUGCAGAGUGCUUUUUGUUCCACAUAGAGUUAAGGUCACAUUUUUUUUCAAAUUAAUAACAGGCAUGUCUCCUAGAACAAUAAUCAAAUUGAUAAAUUCUCUUCCCAAUCAAGUUAACUUGUAUAACUUUUAUAUAAGCUGUACGCAGAAAUUUUGUGGCCUUUUGAGUAGGGUUAGUUAUUCAGCCUUUGUUUGCAAUUAUAAGUGUACCUGGCUCUUAGAAAAAGCACUCUUUGAAAAAUAAAUAACUGGAUACUCUCAGAAAGUAGCACAUCUCAGUGCUCAUAUUUCCAUAAUUACAAAGACUACCCACAAAAUCUUUGGUCUACCAAGUACUUGACGAUGCUUCUGUAUACAUGGCUUGUAGUAUAAAAGGUCUUAUAAAUAAGACUUGUAUUCACAUUGAACAUUUUUUUACUUGGUUAAGUGUUUUAUUUACUUUUGAAAAAUUAUUAUGACGUUUAUUUAAAAAUUAAUCCUAUGGUAGUAUUUUUCAUGUAGAAAACUAAUAAUUUUAAAAAAGAUAACUAAUAAUGUAGUUAAACUUAACUGUUUGAAUAGAAAUUAUAAUAAAUGACACAUUUUCCUAAACUCUGAAAAUACCAAAUUAUAUGGGAAAUCGGUAAAAAGAAACAUAAAUUUAGGAUAUGUUACAGAAUUCUGACUGAAAUUAAUGUGAUUAUUUUCUAUGAGAAUUAAUUUUGUAAAUACAAUGAAAACAUAUAGAAGAUAUUUCUGAGCCGAAGAAAAUUUUUGUUUGCUUCUAUUUAAUUUAGUACCACCAUGUUACAGUAAUUUUAUGAACAGAAGUGAAAAUAUUUCAUUUUCAAAUAUAUUUAAAUUUUUCUGCUUUUAGAAGCUAUCAGAAUCUCUACAUGAACAAAAGAAAUAGUAAGUUAGAUACGUUUCACUUAAUGAACACUUGGAUUGUUAAGGGUAGUAAAUGGGGUUAAAGCCUUGCUAUUUUAUGUAUCAUUACCACAAAAUUGAUGGACCAUUAUAUCAAUACAAUCAUUGUAUUGAAACCUCUGUUUAAAUGGCUUAUUAAGCUAUAUUUGCAAUGCAAACUGUUUAGAAUCCAUACACGGCCAAAUCAAAGAUAUUAUAUAAUUAAUGAAUAGUAACCGAGAAAAAAUAUUUUUGUUGCACUGCUAAAGAUGGACUGCAUGUAAUUUGGAAUGGUGUGACUAGACAUAACUUGUAAUGCAUCUGAAUUAUAUUUUCUUCCUUUUAUGGUCAGCUUCUGAUAAUGAAGAAAUUCUCCUAAGGGAUGAGAUAUAUGAAAUCAGCUUUAAAAAAAUUGGCUGGGGAAGAACUGUUACAAUCUAGUUAUAAAAUCUCCAUUUUCUUUAUAUAAAGGCUUUGAUUUCCGUAUUUGACCACUCAGUAUUUAAAUGAUACAGACUAAUGCCCGCAUAGAGUAAAAUGAAGUAUAUAAGAGCCUUAAAGUGAAAAAUGAACCUUCUGACUGCCUUAAAAUAUGACUAGCUCUCUAACACAGGCAUACAUACUUUGCUUAGGGUCUGUUCAUUAAGUAAUGCCUUAAUAGUGUCAGUAUUUCUAAAGUAUAGAACUUGAGGUUCUUUUACAGCUUUCUCUUUUACAUAAUGGAAAUUUAACAAGUUUUAAAUCUGAUUGUACAUUAGUUGUUUAAGCACCCAUUAACAGGAUAAUCUAGGACACUGAUGUGUUAUACAUACAUGACUGUUAACAUCAGUAAUACCUUGUGAUAGUUUGAGGUUUUUUAUUGUUUUGUAUAACAAAUUAUCCAAGAAGCUGGACUCUAUGUAACAUGAUCUCCAAGGACCAAGCUGCAUAUUUAAACACUCUGAGUGAAAAAUAAAGUUGUACAGUUCCAAAAAUGAUUAAUUUUUUAAGGGAAUUUUUCAAGACAAAAGGCAAAUAUAUUCUUUCAAGCCUACCACCAAUUCAUUCAAAGAAGUGAAUACAGUUGUAAACAGUUGCAAUAAGAAGUAUCCAGGCCAGUGAUGUUUGUUUAAUUACAUUCACAUUUUUACAUUGACUUUGCCUUUUAAAGCAGGAAUAUUUUAUAAAAAUGAGAGAAAACUUUAAAUUGUCAAGCUGGUGCUUUAAAGUAUAUAAAUUCUGAUUUAUAACACAUUCCAUUUCAAAGGAAAAGGACCCUGAAAGGAGGGGUGGGGGUUUCCUAGAAACUCACUGAUAACUCUGUUGAGUCUUCCAAGUUAUCACUGUAAAUAACACAUCUAACAAUGUAAUUCUGGUGUUUUCUGAUAGAAAAAUGGAUGAAACACUAAUGUAUGAAAUUUGUUUCAUGACAAAAUAGUUUCCACCAAUACUGUGAAAUCUGGACUCUCCUGUGUAGCCCUGCAAAACCCACACUGGAUAAAUCAUUUUAGACAUCGAGUACAGGUGGGCACAAUGUGAACUGUUUCUAGUCACUUGUAUUAUUGUAGAAUUUGAUAGAGGUACCAAAUAAACUCUAUGCACAUCAA